AUUUGAAGUGUAUUGAGAUGGAAAUUGAGAGGGCUCGCUCAAUGUCCCCGGGAAAAUUUUCUCAUGACAAGAACAGACCUGAGUGCUUGUUAGAAAUGAUAAAGAAUCAUCCAUUAACUAUAGCAGGCAGUGGAAAAGAUGUUCGCCAUUUUGAAUUUGAGCCUGUUUCAUCUAUUAUUGAAUAUGAAGUUGGCGAUGUUCUUGAGAUUCUCCCUGGUCAAAGUCCUGCUGCAAUUGAUGCUUUCAUACAGCGUUGUAAUUUGAACCCUGAAACAUACAUCACAGUUCAUCCCAGGGGUGCAGAGAAUCACCUUCUUGAUUCAAAGGUCCCCAUCAAAUUAAAAACUUUCGUGGAGUUGACGAUGGAUGUUGCAUCAGCCUCCCCCCGGCGCUAUUUCUUUGAGGUCAUGAGUUACUUUGCCAGUGCUCAACAUGAAAAGGAAAAGCUUCAAUAUUUUGCCUCUCCUGAAGGAAGAGAUGAUUUAUACCAAUACAACCAGAAGGAAGGAAGAACUGUUUUGGAGGUAUUAGAGGAUUUCCCUUCUGUGCAAAUGCCAUUUGGAUGGCUAGUGCAGCUAGUUCCUCCAUUAAAAACAAGGGCAUUUUCAAUUUCUUCUUCUCAGUCAGCUCAUCCCAAUCAAGUACACUUGACUGUUAGUGUGGUAUCAUGGACAACACCUUUCAAGAGGAAGCGAACUGGUCUCUGUUCAGCAUGGCUAGCUGGACUUGAUCCUAAAAAAAGAGUCAAUAUACCAGCAUGGUUUCAUAAAGGUUCCCUCCCUCCCCCACAGCCAUCAUUUCCACUCAUUCUCAUUGGUCCUGGAACUGGUUGUGCACCUUUUCGAGGGUUUGUAGAGGAAAGAGCCUUACAAAGUAAAUCUGGUUCUACUGCUCCCGUUCUUUUCUUCUUUGGUUGCCGAAAUGAGGAUAAUGACUUUUUAUACAAAGAUUUUUGGUUCUCUCAUACACAAAAUGGUGGAAUACUUUCAGAAGAUGGGGGUGGAGGCUUUUAUGUUGCCUUUUCUAGAGACCAGCCAACCAAGGUAUAUGUGCAACAUAAGAUGCGGGAACAUAGCAAGAGGGUGUGGAGUUUGCUGAACGAUGGCGCUGCCAUCUAUGUUGCAGGCUCUUCAAUAAAAAUGCCCACAGAUGUAUUCUCAGCCUUCGAGGAAAUAAUAUCAAAAGAAAGUGGGGUUCCAAGGGAAGCUGCUGUCAGGUGGCUUAGAGCUCUGGAAAAGGCUGGUAAGUACCAUGUUGAAGCUUGGUCUUGAGCUCUGUUUAGCUUUUGUUUCCAGUGGUCAUUUUGAGUCUAUGAAAAGACAAAACCACUCUUGUUGUGAAGGUUCAAAUAAAUUUCAAAUUCGGUAAUUUUUAUUCCAUUUGAUUGUGAAGAAAACUAUUGAAACAUUGGAACAAGUUUACUGUGGCAUAUUGGCCCAACGGUAAUGUCAUGGUGUGGGCUCAAGUCAUAGAAACCACCUCUUAAAAAAUAGGGGCAAGGUUACUAUCUUUGCUAUGUUGAGACUGCUUCAGCGGGAACUGUGUACUGGUUCUCCUUUUUUAUAGGUGAAAUUGUAAUGUUAGGAAAUUAUUAUCCCCAUGCAGAAGGCUUAGCUUAUUUUCAUGGAACUGAAUUUUGAAUUAGGAUUGUCAAUGUGCUUAGGGUGGGGUUUUUAUGAUAUGCCAUGCACAAUGAAUUGUUUUCAUAAAUGAAUUUAAUGACCUUGUGGUGAUGUGAA